AUGCUCUCGACGACGGGAGAUGAACUGGCGCCUGCAGCAUCUCGCCGCCGUCGCGACGCCGCGUUGCUAGGCAACGCGUUCCUCACUCUGCUGCAACCUCCGCCAGAUUAUAGAAAAUUCCGUAAAGGUGGCGAAGGCGGUGAGAUACGAUGCACAUCCGUAAACAAACGCAUCGACUACGUAACUUUACGUACAACGACUUCUAAAUAUAGUUACUGA